GCUUUGAAGCUUCUCCCACUGCCGGCUUUAAUGGCUGCCUCCUUUAUCUUCUUCCUCACCAUCUUACUAUGCUUCUUUCAUGGCGGAUCAUCGUCCGAGCCAUGGCUGAACGAGGAAGACGACGAAGUGAUCGUGGUGGAAAGCCGCCAUGACUCACGAACAAGAUGUGACUUUUCCGUUGGCAAAUGGGUUUAUGAUCAAACUUAUCCUCUCUACGACUCAAACUGCCCAUAUCUUAGCACAGCCGUCACUUGCCAGAAAAAUGGGCGACCGGAUUCUGAUUACGAGAAGUGGAAGUGGAAGCCUCAAGGUUGUUCUAUUCCAAGGUUUGAUGCAUUGGGUUUUCUUGGAAGGAUGAGAAGGAAAAGAAUAAUGCUUGUAGGCGAUUCUAUAAUGAGGAAUCAAUGGGAGUCUCUUGUCUGCUUAGUGCAAGGAGUCAUUCCAACAGCUCGAAAGAGGGUGACCUAUAAUGGUGUUUCCAUGGCCUUCCAUGCUAUGGAUUUCGAGACAUCAAUAGAGUUUUCUUGGGCACCACUUCUUGUGGAGUUGAAGAAAGGAGAUGACAACAAGAGAAUCCUGCAUUUGGAUCAGAUCGAAGAGAAUGCAAAGUAUUGGAGAGGUGUUGACAUCCUUGUGUUUGAUUCUGCCCACUGGUGGACUCAUUCUGAUCAAUGGAGUUCGUGGGACUAUCUAAUGGAGGGAAAUAGUAUAUAUAAAAGCAUGAAUCCAAUGGUUGCAUACGAGAAAGGACUCACAACAUGGGCUAAAUGGGUUGAUUUAAAUGUAGACCCUCGCAAAACCCAAGUCAUUUUCCGCAGCAUGUCACCUCGACAUAACAGAGAAAAUGGAUGGAAAUGCUAUAACCAACACCAGCCUCUGGCUUUCUUUAGCCACCAACAUGUUCCAGAACAAUUGCUUGUGUUGCAAGGGGUGUUGAGAAGGAUGAGAUUUCCAGUGUAUCUGCAAGAUAUUACCACCAUGACUGCUCUUCGAAGAGAUGGGCAUCCUUCUGUGUACAGAAGGGCAAUGGACCAAAAAGAGAAGCAGCAUCCAAAGGACUUUUCCUCUGACUGCAGCCAUUGGUGCCUCCCUGGGGUCCCUGAUCUCUGGAAUGAGAUGCUGAGUGCCUUGCUCAAAGAAUGAUAUACUUUUGUGUGAGAAAUUAGGUCAAGUUUUAAUCAUUCUACUCUAUGUGAUGUUGUGUGAUGGUGUUGUGAGAUGGAUAAUGCUAUAUUUGUCUCCAUUAAUGUGACUCUAACUCCCAUAUUAAAAUACCAAAAGUUAGUCUAUAGCCAAUCUAUA